AUGAAAGUCAUAAAGCUCUGCUCUACCAACAUCAAGGCUUGCAACUGGACUCUCCUCAAGUAUGCCAUCCCAAUGGCUGCUAUUGCUACAGCUGUCCUGGCUACAGAAGCAACCCGACCUCUCGCCACUGUAGCGGCAGGGACUGACGCUCAUCUAGAACCAAAAGGCGAAUUCACUCACCACUUUCUAUGUCCCGCAUCGAGUGGAUUCUUCAGAAACCCAAGGGACUGUCGUACCUAUUGUAAAUGGAUAUUACCAAGUAUCUAUGUCUGUCUUCCUUAG